AGUUUGCAACACCGAUAGCAGGCUUUCAAUUCUGGUCGUCGGAGCGAUGUUUGGUCUGGAUUCAGUUUAAUUUUACGCUACAAUGCGGACGGUCACUUCCGAAGUGCGAACAAUCAUUUUUGUGGUGAUUGUCGUCGCCGGUUGUUUCGAGUGGAGUUUUGGUGUAAGUUUCAGGUCUUCUUUGUACAAGUAUUGUUGCAUUCGGGACAAAUGCCUUAGACAGCACAAGGACUCCCUGAACGCAAGUGAAUCAUAUCUGGACAGUUUGAACGAGUGCCGUUUGGUGUGUGGCGAAUAUCGAGCACUUUGGCCGAUUCCGGCCGUUGUAGUGAACUUGGGUUAUGAUACGCGCGAAUUUGUUCCCAGUGAUAUCGAGUUCGAUUUCCACGCGAGUCCCGAUGAUGUCAAUGUGCAGGACUACCUCAAUCAAUCGACACGCCUAUUCCUGAAAAAUCUCUACAAGGAAUGUGGUCGAAACUGUAACCUUACAACCAACACCAGGAUAUAUUUCACCAUAAAGGUGGAAACGACCGAAACCAGUCUGACUUGGUCAACAGACGAGUCGUACGAUCUUUUCGUAGACGAUCAUGACGGACUGCUGGAAGUAUCGAUCGUGGCCGGAACAGUUUUUGGCGCUCGUCAUGCUCUAGAAACGGUCUCUCAGCUUACAGCUCUGCGAUCCUACCCCGAUGGCAACUGUUUACUCAUUCUAACGGCUGUCAAUCUAAAAGACUAUCCGCACUAUUCCCAUCGAGGCUUCCUUCUAGACACAGCUAGGAACUUCAUCUCAACCCGAGCCAUCAAACGUCAGUUGGACGGGAUGGCCUCUACCAAGUUGAACGUCCUGCAUUGGCACAUCACCGAUUCGCAGAGUUUCCCACUGGAGAUUCCCAGCUUACCGCAGAUGACUGAAUAUGGAGCUUACUCGGAACGGCAGAUUUAUUCCCAGCAAGAUGUGAAGGAUAUUUUCCGGUACGCAAAGUAUCGGGGGAUUCGGAUCAUACUGGAGUUCGACGCUCCAGCGCAUGCUGGAAAUGGCUGGCAAUGGGGCCCGGAAGCCGGCCUUGGAAACCUCGCCGUUUGCGUCAAUCGCCAACCGUGGCGAAAGCUCUGCAUAGAGCCCCCCUGCGGACAACUGAACCCGGCCAAUCCCAAUCUCUACCCGACGCUUCAAAAAUUGUAUCACGAUUUCUCCUCUCUAAUUCCUCCACGAGAAAUUCUCCACAUGGGCGGUGACGAAGUCUUCUUCGGCUGCUGGAAUGCCACCCAUGAGAUAGUCGAGUACCUGGCCGGGCAGAACAAGGGUCGGGGACCGGACGACUUCCUGGAUCUGUGGGGUGAAUUUCAGCAGAAUGUUCUGGAGCUGUGGGAUCGACAACGUCAAGGGCUGGAAGAACUGCAGUCCACCGUGUUGUGGUCCAGCCAUUUGACCGAUCCGGUCGUGAUUGAAAAGUAUCUGCCCAAGGAACGGUACAUCGUACAAACGUGGGUCGAAUCGGACAAGGAUCUUCCGCUGCAGUUGGUGAGAAAGGGAUACCGACUGAUUGUUUCCACCAAGAAUGCGUGGUACUUCGAUCAUGGGUUCUGGGGAAUCACCAAUUACUACAAUUGGCGCAAGGUGUACAACAACAGAUUGUUGAAUAACGUUAAGAUUCUGGGUGGAGAGGCCUGCAUCUGGACCGAGUUUAUCGACGAGAACUCGCUAGAUUCUCGCACAUGGCCCCGAUUGGCCGCGGUGGGAGAGCGUCUCUGGGCGAAUCCGGAGCAAGAUGCCUCCAAAGCGGAAGGACGAUUCUAUCGGCACCGGGAGCGGCUGAUAACGCGGGGGCUGAAACCGGAAGCCGUAACGCCCAAGUGGUGCGAGCAGAACGAGGGGGAAUGCCAAUAGGAUGGAUUUGAAUAGGAUGGAAAUGACCAAUCAACAGUGAUUUCAAUUUUGUGGAUGACCUUUCAAAGAAUGAUGGAAAUAAAAAAUCAUAACAUAA